AUGGCAAAACGAAAGUCAGGUGGUUUGGCGGCAUUGAAUGCGACUCUUGCGCGGGAACGCCAACUGCAACAGUUGAAGAAUAAACAGCUUCGAUCUCAAAACAAGCUUCCAAACACCAAGGGAUCCCAGCACGGGGUGAAUAAAAAUAAACAAUCGGGAAAUGUGGUUAAGAAGAAGAAUAAUAAUAAGAAGAAUGAUGAAAUGGAGGAAGAGGAGAACAAUGAAAAGGUAGAAGAAGAAGAAGAAGAGGAAGAAGAAGAACCUAAGGAGGAACCUACAGAGAAAAGCGAAGAACACGAAGAUAAUGACAAUGAUAAUGAUGAUGAACAACUGGAAGAGAAAACUAUAGAAAAAGAUUUAACAGAACCAGAAUCGAAUUCCUCAGAGAAAAGGGGUCCAACAUUAUCACGUAAAGCAUUUAUUCCAUUUAAGCCCACCGAUCGGGUUUUACUUGUUGGUGAGGGAGACUUUUCCUUUGCACGGAGUAUUCUUGAAUCUGGGCUUGCGAAAUAUGUGCGGCCCACAAAUCUUGAUUCCUUAACUCUAUUAGAGAAAAAGUAUCCUGAUUGUGUUGUGGAGAAUAUUUCAUACUUGAAGAAUUUCCAUGCAGCUUUACCGAAAGAAGAUGAUAAAGAAAAUGAAGAAAAUGAAGAUAAUGAAGGUAAUGAUGACGAGAAGUAUGAUUACAGAAAAUACCUGGUGGACAGUUCUAGUGGUGCACCAAAACAAUCGACAACCCCCCUAGAGGACGGGGACGGUGAAUGGACGGCGGCACCGUUGUAUGAGGUUGAUGCUCAAGCUCUUCACCGUCAUAAGCAAGUUUGUACCUCUGGGCCUUAUGAUGUGAUUUUGUUUAAUUUCCCACACACGGGUGCUGGGAUUAAAGACCAAGCACGUAACGUUGCAGCACAGCAGCGGCUUUUGUCUGGGUUUUUUGGGUCGUGUGUAGCGGCAGAAGGUGCUGGUUCAGGUGUUUCCAAGAAACGAAAAACACGGCCGUUGCUACAGCCUGGGACAGGUACAGUUGUUGUAAGUUUAUUUGAGGGUGCUCCAUAUAAUUUAUGGGGGAUUAAGGCAUUGGCCAAACAGUAUGGAUUAUCAUUACAAAGAUCUUCAGGGUUUGAGUGGGCAGCAUUCCCUGGAUAUUCGCAUAGGUUGACAUUAGGUAAAGGUGAUACAACUAAGGCGGCGGAAACACGGGCUGCACGAAUUUAUGUUUUUGAAAGAGCAGAUGCUGAUGCUGUUAAGAAGAGGCUUAAGCAACAGGAAACAAAACGGGCACAGAAUAGGGCCAUGGCAGCGAUUGCAAGUAAUCUAAAGGGGAAAAAGGGGAAGCGGAAGAUAGUUCAAAUGAUGAAAAGACAAAAGGGAGGAAGUUAA